AUGGUUCUAAAAAUCCCGCUCCGGAGAUCUGUCAGCCUGAGCCCCGAACACCAACCUACCUUCACCCCGCCAGAGAUGACCGGACCUACCGCCCUCAAGAUGGAAGCCAAUAUCCUGGUGCUGGGGGCAGACGGAGUGGGGAAGUCAGCGCUGACCGUCCGCUUUCUAACAAGACGCUUCAUUGGAGAGUAUGGGGAUCUCGAAUCUAUAUAUAGCCACAACAUCUUGGUGGACGGAAAGGAAGUUCUAUUUAAUAUUUGGGAUUUUCCGUACUCAAAGGAGCCAACUGAAGAAAGCUGCGCAGAGGAGGAGAAGCGCAUUCAGUGGGCCGAUGGUUUUGUCUUGGUUUACAGCAUUUGUGACCGGGCCAGUUUCAAUAUUAUCUGCCAGACUAUCCAACUGAUCAAAGCUUCCAAAGACUGCUUAGGACCAGAGAAACUGCCCAUAGUCAUUGUGGGUAAUAAACGCGAUCUGCAUCACUUACGAACUGUCUCCAGCGAAGAAGGGAGGCUUUUGGCUCUGUCUAUGGACUGCGACUUCUAUGAAGUUUCAGCAGCCGAGGCCUACCAUGGCGUUCUUAUGGUUUUCCAUGGCUUGGUGGAUAAGAUUAAGGAGUCCAAGCUGGUGACCAAGAAGGGGACGGGGAUACGAGGCAUUGUGAAGAGCAUGUCGGCGGUGUUUGCAAGGAGGAGAACAGACUCUCUGUAA